AUGAAGCUGUCCAGUGCCAUCCCUUGGGCCUUGCUGCUCAGCUCAGCUACACUGGUUUCAAGUGCAUGGAACAGAAAAUGUGUCUGGACCAUCCAGAUGGACCCAGGUUACAAAGUUGUUCUGGCAAUACCCCCUGCCAACUUUGACUGUAAUGAAGAGUAUGUGGAAAUCCACAGUGGGUUGGAAAGAUCUGAUAACUUUUUGAAGCUUUGUGGAGGAGCAAGUAUUUACUAUCGAUCUCCUUUUAAUGUCAUGACCAUCAAGUACACCAGAAAAUUUCAGCAUCCAGCCUCUUCGUUUGAUAUAUAUUUCUAUGCGUAUCCAGAAAUCCCUUCUGCACAUAUGGCUUAUUCUACCACUGCUAACAUCCGUGCCCAGUAG